CCAAAUUCUCCUUCCGCUCGGUCCCUCGUUGUAGAAAGAGAAAGAGGGAGAGGAAGAGACACCAGAGGGAGCCGGGAGAGAGGGGGGCGGAGCUGCCGGCGCGAGUGCGUUAGGGUUUUGUUCCUGUUUGGCUGUUGCUCGAACACAGAGUGGGGCGGUCGAUGCUCCGUCCGCCAUCGACCCCUGUGCCUUCGCCUUCUUCUCCUCCUCUUCCUCUUUCUCAUUAAAUGUGCGUCUGCACCCCCGCAGCUGCCACCAUCACCACCAUCAUUGCUGCUUGUAUCGCCACCGACUCAGCUACUAGCUUCCCUUUCAUGUCUUCCUUGUGCUGCCGCCUUUGCACUGCCCCUUCCGGUGCUGCGCUUCUCUAUGAAACCCUAGCUCACAUACGAUCCCAACACGAGAGCUUUCUGUAUCUCCCUCUCCGGCAAUGAGUAAUCCCAAGGUUGUGGUGUUUGGAUCAUUCACUGAAGAUGAAACAAGGUUGUUCCAGAAGGCUUUGGUUGGAAAUCCUUCCGAGUCUGUGAAGAAGACUGACUUGCAAUUUGGCUCAUUGGACUAUGCGGCAGUCGUUGGGAGCUACAGUGCCAAACAGCCGAGCCAAGCAAAUGGUUCUAAAAUAUGUGAACCAGUAAAACCACUUUCUGAGAAUGGGCUACCAACUAGUCACAAAGCUAAGUCCACGGAUGGCAUACAGAGAGUAUCUGCAAAUACAAAAUCAGUUGUCGCUUCUCCUCAUUUCAGUCAUGUUAAUACUGGCACUGAAGCAGCUAAGAAGGUCGCUGCUGGAAUUAGAUCGGUGUCUGGGUCACUACAAAAUGGAUCAGGUACCUUAAAGCCAUCAACGGGGCAGCUGCCUGAGAAGGAUGCCCGUUCUGUUGGGAGCCCUGAUGGGGCAGCCAAACAUUUAUGCGUAGAAAAUUCCACUAGUACUUUGGCCCACAUUUUGGAUGUUCAAACGAAUGUCAAAGGAGGUUCCGAUGCUAAGCCUGUCAUUUCAGACAAACCAGAGACAGUUUCUGCUUCCUUGCAGAAGUUGAAUAUCGGGUUGGGCGUGGAAAAUAGUGGUUCUCAAAUUUCUCAUCUAUCUGAUGUUCAUGGAGAUGGCAGUAUGUUUGUUUCAGGAGUUCUUCAGAAGCCAAAGUCUGAGGACCACCAUGGUAAUAGUGGGGGUAGUUCUCCACACGUCCCUGAGGAUGGAACACCAAAAUAUGGAAGCAGCACAAUCACUGGUGAUAUCAUUUGCAGUAAUUCCUUUGUUCACUCGUCAAACGGUCCGACUUCAGGAAAGGAUGUAAACAAUGCAUCAAAUGGGAUAGAGACAUCUGUCAAAUAUGUGCAACCAAGAGGCUUAAUAAACUUGGGCAAUCUGUGCUUUCUUAAUGCAACUCUUCAAGCACUUCUUUCGUGUUCACUUUUUGUUCAGCUUUUACAGAAACUUAUUGUUCGUGAUAUCCCCAAGACGGGAUACCCAACAUUACAUGCGUUUACUGAGCUCAUUUCUGAGUUUGAAGCAUCAAGGGAUUUGAGUGCAAGAAAGAAUGCAAGUGCUGUUGUUGAGGUUGGAAAGCCAUUUAGUCCUGUGAUGUUUGAAUCUGUCUUAAAGAAGUUCACUCCAGAUUUGCCUGCAAGCAUAUCAGGGAGGCCAAGGCAAGAAGAUGCUCAGGAGUUCUUAAGUUUCGUGAUGGACCAGAUGCAUGAUGAGUUAUUAAAACUGGAAGGUCACCUGUCAUUUUCGGAUGGGGGAAGGUCAUCAUUGGUUUCUUCUGCUGAAGAUGAUGACUGGGAAACUGUUGGACCAAAAAAUAAGACUGCAGUGACCAGAACUCAAAGUUUUGUGCCAUCUGAGUUGAGUGAUAUAUUUGGAGGGCAGCUACGAAGUGUUGUUAAAGCAAGAGGCAAUAAAGCAUCAGCUACAGUGCAGCCAUUCCUUCUGCUUCAUUUGGAUAUAUUUCCUGAUGCUGUUCAUACAAUUGAGGAUGCACUCCGGCUGUUUUCUGCGCCAGAAACACUUGAAGGCUACAGAGCAUCAACAGGAAAGGCUGGAGUCGUCAGUGCCCAGAAGUCUGUGAAAAUACAGACCCUGUCCAAGAUUAUGAUUCUACAUUUGAUGCGGUUCAGCUAUGGGAGCCUGGGAAGUACCAAACUGCAUAAACCUGUUAAAUUCCCCCUAGAAUUGGUUCUUGGGCGUGAGCUGCUUGUCUCAUCUACGACAGAGGGCAGGAGAUAUGAACUUGUUGCUACAAUUACCCAUAUAGGGAGAGACCCAUCAAGAGGACAUUAUGUAGCUGAUGCGAAGCAUGUGGAAGGCAGAUGGCUACGUUUUGAUGAUGCAUCAGUCAGUGUCGUGGGUCAAAAUGACGUGCUCCAUGAUCAGGCUUACGUACUUUUUUAUCAGCAGGUUUAGGUUUCUCCUGAGUUUCGCUGUAAAGUUUCACAACAACUUACUGUAGAUAUUGCCAGGGAAGUGGCUGUUGCCACCAAUCGGUAUCAUGUUCAUGGCUGAAGCGCCAUAUGUGAAGUUCCUUGACGAGAAGGGGUGGUUUUCAGCCAUUUGUAUUUUUGGUUUCACAUGAACUUUUCGCCAUUUAACCAAGCUGUCGUGACCGACGGCUUUUAUUGACUCCUGUAAAUUUGUUGAGAAAUUUGUGCACCAUCUGUAGAUAUAGAGGCGACAUGGCGUUUAUGUAGAGUGGUUUAUCUACGCAUUCCUUGCCUGUAGUUGGACA